AUGGUUCGUUACUUGUCACUAGCCAUCCCUUUUGGUGUUAAGAAGCUUUGGGAAGAAUGGAACAUCCGAGGGGCUAUCUUGUUUAGUCUCUGGUUGCAGAUCGUGUUGAUUUUUUUGGCCCCAAUCAGAAAAUCGACAAGGAAAAAAUUCGUAAUCUCACUCCUCUGGUUUGCUUACUUGUUGGCUGACAUAGCUGCCGAUUUUGCUGUUGGUCUUAUCUCCAAAAGCCAAUGCAACCAAUCCAAUAAUUCUGACCUGAAACCCAAGGAAGGCAUUGAUUUGUUAGCAUUCUGGGCGCCCUUUCUCUUAUUACACCUUGGCGGCCCUGAUACCAUUACUGCUUUUGCUCUUGAAGACAAUCAGUUGUGGCGAAGGCGCUUGCUUGGCUUUGGUUUUCAAGCCACAACUAUUGUUUAUGUAUUCUUCCAGUCACUUCCCAACAAAAAUCUAUGGAUCCCUACAAUACUCAUUUUUACUGCGGGAAUCAUCAAGUAUGUUGAGAGGACACGAGCGUUGUUUCUUGCGAGCACGGACAAAUUUCGUGAUUCCAUGCUAAACUCACCGCCCAAUUGCUCCACGCUUAUGAAGGAUCUCGUUUACGGGAACGCGGCCAGACGUAAACGGCGACAAACUUAUGAGUUAUGUGAGAUGGCUAUUGAAGAGGGUCUCGAAAGCGUAGAUUUUGCACAGACUUCUUUUACUCCACACGAAAAAGACCCUUUGGAGCAUCUCCUAUUGGUGAAAGAUGCUUAUCAGUACUUCCAAAUAUUCAAGGGACUCGUGGUCGAUCUCAACUUCAGCUUUCCUAAAAGUGAUGAACGCCUUGACUUCUUCGAUAAGACAGCUGAAGACGCUCUGAAGUUAAUUGAGAUUGAACUCAACUUCAUGUACGAGUCUCUCUAUACCAAAAUGGAAGUUUUGAGUUCUAUUACCGGAUAUGUUUUCCGAUUCACAGCUUUUGGGUCAGUUUUAGCAACUCUUGGACUCUUUUGUUUCCAAGUAAAUAAAGAUGAAUUCCACAAAGUUGAUAUUGGGAUCACCUACUCCUUGCUCCUCGGUGCCAUUGCCCUGGAUGUAAUAGCGUUCUUCAUGCUUAUUUUCUCAGAUUGGACUUUUGUUUCUAUCAAGAACCCUCCUACACACCACUGGUCCAUGGCCGCUGUCUUCAACAGUUUCCUUGCCUUCAAGAUGCCAUGGUGGCACCCUUGUAAAUGUAAGACAAAGAGUCAAGAGAAGGAUGUGCAGCAUCAUGUUUUGGUCACACCCCUUUUGUUUCGAAGGUGGUCUGGAUCCAUCCCAACUCACAACCUUAUAAGGUAUUGUCUGAAAAGCAGUUUAACCAGAAUCCAUAAAUUCCCAAGUUUGUGGGGAAUCAUGUUUGAAAAAAUCCUUUGUUUGUUGGGAAUCAAUGAAGUCACAAAGAAAGUUAGUGGUUAUAUGAUCAUGAUCAAGAGAAAAAUCAGUCAAUCUAACACCUCUCUUGCUCAACAGGGCAAGUCUUUUAAAGGCAAUGGUUCGCUGGGCUCUUCGAUCAACAAAGUCACUGGAUUUUUAAGUUGCAUCGAAGAAAAUGUUAUCCAAUUUUUUCGUCAUAUUUUCAGAUUAAUCACUAUGCCUAUUAAGAAUAUUGUGGAUGAGAUGAUGUAUGUCUCCCUUGAGCCAUUCACUAAGGAGCUAUGGAAAUUUAUCUUUGAAGAGGUCAAAAAUAAAUCCAAGUCCGCGGAUACUUCAGAAACUAAAAAGGGAAUAUACUCAGCAAGGGGUGAUUGGGUUUUGAAGAAGACAUAUUCACUAGACGAUAAUAGCCAGUUACUGAAAUAUGUGAGAGAUGUUGAAUAUGAUGAGAGAAUUCUUUUGUGGCACGUGGCCACUGAUCUUUGCUACUAUACUGACAAUGAGAAAGUGAAUGGUGCAAGUUCGAAUAAUAAUGCAUAUAUGGGAAAAGCACCGACUCAACGACAAUUUAGCAAGAUUCUGUCGGAUUAUAUGCUGUAUCUUUUAGUUUUUCAUCCAACUACGGUAUCUUCUGUGUUGGGUAUUGAAAAACUAAGAUUUCGAGACACUUGUGCUGAGGUUGAAAAAUUCUUGAAGGAACAAUAUUUGCUACCAAAUCAAGACAAGGAGGCCUGUCAACGAAUUCUAGAGUAUACGGAUGCUGGAUCUGUUGGACCAGAAAAAAAAGAGAGCAUGACUGUGUUACUCGAAGCAACUAAGCUAGCCACAGAGCUAAAGAGGAUGGAAAACCAAGAGGGCAAGGACAAAUGGGAGUUAUUGAGCUCAGUGUGGGUGGAAUUAGUCUCAUAUGCGGCAUGUACUUGCAGUGGAAGUACGCAUGCUCAACAGUUAAGUAAGGGUGGAGAGCUUAUUAACUUAGUUUGGUUGUUAAUGGCUCAUUUUAGUCUUGGGUAG